AUGCUCUUAAGUUUCGACAGCUUCCAUCCAUCGCAAAUCACUCGGCACGUCGCGCCUUGGCCGGUUAUCGAAAUCUCUGCGGACCCUCCAUUGGUCACGACACGAGGCAUCGACAGGCGAUAUCUGACCAACUCGGCGAACCCAAGACCACAAGUGCUCAUGCCACCAGGGUCUUGCAACGCUGCGGGACAAACCGACUUUGGACGGCUAGUGACUGUGCUCCCCAACCCUAUUGACGUAAAGUUUGUCCCAGACCGGCAAAUUGAGAGUCGUGAUAACUUUGAGGAUGCUGCCAGCCGAAGUGGCGUAGCGGCUGCAAGCAACCUGGUAUUCACCGAUUCUGUUCACUACUACUCGACGUCGUUAUCAGCCGCGCCAUACGGGCCGAAUGACUCUGCUCACAUGUACAGCCAAAAAGUGAGCGAAGCCGCCGUAGAGGAAAGGAAGUCCGAGUCGAGAACGCGACAUCGAGAGCAUGAAGCACGCACGUCGCAGUCCAGCGUCCGACCGAACAUGUCCUGCUACGCUCAGACGCCGAAAGUACCUCCAUGGCCGUUCCACGCAUAUGCCGAGGCGCCGGCUACCGCAUGAAUUCAAGUGCAAAGACACUUUGUUUCCUGGCAUCCUCAGGCAAAAAGCCAUCUUCUGGAAACACACAAAUUUCCAAACCGCAUAGACAGAGAUGACAAGAAUAGGACGUUCCCUGCAUCCUCGUGGCCGCACCCCAUCCAUCUCAUACAACAUGCUCGCUGAAACGCGCGAAAUCUCAACGGCGAAUGAUCUGAGGCAGCGACAGCGGAUGUCCCCAAGUCGCCAUACGUCCCUGGCACUGUGCCCGUCUCACAGGCCUGCGCGUGCUUUUCAAAUCUGCGAAACACACAGGUGUCAUCCAACGGUCGCGUCCAGCUUCCGCGACAAAGCCGCGACGCCGCAACAACCGCGCAGUAGUUCCGAACAGGAACAUGUAACAGGCCUCAGAAGGUGGUGAUGUUUGUAAUCAGUCGCAGCCUAGGCCACGUAUUACUCUUCCUAUCAAAUGUAAAAUAUCAUCGCUGG